UAAAUUUUUACCAGAAACAAAUUUUGAAUAGUUGUUUUUAAAAAUUUCAUACCGUGACAAAUUACGUCGCAUAAACAUAUACAAUACAAGUAGCACUAAGCUUAUGGAUUAGGCCACAGGAUGCUUCUUUUCUCCAUCCCAGAAGGCUCCUAUGAAACCUCUUCUCAUCUCAAUGGAGUCUCAAAUUUCCGACCUUUAUAACAAUCCUCCGCACACUCUUUUUUCCACUCAUCUCAAUUAGAUUCUUCAAGUCUGUUUCCCUCGUCUCAUUGGAAUAUCAAAAAUGGCAUCACCACAAGAGAAUUGCACUACGUUUGAUAUGAUUAUGGAAUAUUACUGCUCCGAAACUAGCACCCUUUAUUCCCAAAGCUCCUCCUCUUCUGAACCAAGUCUCAACUAUGCCAACACAGCACAAAGUUCCUCAAGCUUCUUUGACAAUUCAGAAACAGAGUUGGACUGCUUUGAGUUUGAGACAAAACCACCCGCUUGUAUUAGUUCAAAUUAUCCGAAGCAAACAAACUUCAAAGAACGAAGGCCUUCUCUGAACAUAGCAAUACCAGUGAAGCAGCGGGCGGUUGUUCAGAAAGUGGAACUAGUUCCAAGCGAGAAGAAGCAUUACAGAGGAGUUAGACAAAGGCCAUGGGGAAAGUUCGCAGCAGAAAUUCGUGACCCGAACCGAAAGGGGACUCGGGUUUGGUUAGGAACCUUUGACACUGCCAUAGAGGCAGCUAAGGCAUAUUAUAGGGCGGCGUUUAAGCUUAGAGGCAGCAAAGCAAUAGUGAACUUCCCUCUCGAAGUUGCAAACUUUAAGCAACUAGUUAUCAACAAUGAGAUUCAGCCAUUGGUGAACUCAAGCAGGAAAAGGGUGAGAGGAACAGACAAUGAGGAGCAACUAGUUAUCAACAAGGAAAUGAAAAUAGAAGAAGAAAGAGUCCCUACGGCGGCGGAUCCAUUAACGCCGACAAGUUGGUCGGCGAUUUGGGACAGUGGAGAUGCGAAGGGUAUUUUUGAGGUGCCGCCGCUUUCCCCAUUGUCUCCACAUAAGGCCUAUUCUCAGCUUGUCAUUAUAUAAUCAAAAGGA